AUGCCGAGCGCCUCAUCGCCUAUUACCUUUCCCGCCAGUUCCUCACCACCGGCCACGAAACGCGCGAGGCCUGCAGCUGUCGAGCACACGAGACCGAAACCGAAGGUCAGCAGCGGAUUUCUCCUCGACGACGAUUCCGAUGACGCCGACAGUGACCAACAGCCUCCGCUAAAGAAGCAAUUUGUUGAUUUUAGCGCCCGCAUUCAACGUUCAACACCCGUCACGACGGUCCCAGAGGAAGGCAUAGCUGAGCCGAUUGCAUUAGCGCCUCAGAAGACCAGCGAUCCCGCCAUAGCCAACCCACCACAGGUCGCACCACCCGAAAGGCCAUUAAGCCUUGCUUCGGCAUUACUCAGCUCUACACCAUCGUUUUUAAGGUCCUCCCGAACCUUUAAGCUCACAACAUGCGCCGGGACGUCUACUACAAUCAAGCAACGGAAGCCAACGACGAACACCUCUUACGAGACCAUCAUCGCUGCGAGGUCCAAGACGAAGGAGGGGAAAGCGAGACGAGCAUACUACGGUAUAGACAUCAACGAACUAAUUGAUGCUGCAAAACAAGAAGAUUCCGAGUCACGUCAACCGAGGAGAAAGGAGACUGAUGUGCCGGUUCGCUCGGUGGAACAGCCAGUUGCCGGCAAGCAACACAAGAAGACACUUUUGUGGACCGAGAAAUACAGAGCCAGGAACUUUCUGGAUCUUUGCGGUGACGAUGGUACCAACCGAAUGGUCCUUCGUUGGCUAAAGCGCUGGGACCCCAUCGUGUUCCCUGGUGUUGCGAAGAAAGCCCCCAUUGUACGGAGACCCGGCAUGAAGCAGGUUCCGGAGGAAGAGAAACCACACAAGAAGAUACUAAUGCUUACGGGACCACCGGGUCUCGGAAAGACUACUUUGGCCCACGUCUGUGCCAGGCAAGCAGGGUACGACGUGAUGGAGGUCAACGCCAGUGACGAUCGAAGCCGAGACGUUGUAAAAAACCGGAUACGAACCUCCUUGGGCACUGAGAGCGUUAAGACUGUCGAGAACAUAAAAACAAAAGACGGGGAAACACAGCAAAAGGUCGCCAAACCGGCCUGCGUAAUUGUUGACGAAGUCGACGGAGUUGUUGGCGGCUCUGGCGCCUCAGGAGAGGGCGGCUUCGUCAAGGCGUUGAUUGACCUAGUGCUACUUGACCAGAAAAACAGCGCUGGUGCCUCCAAUGCCUCUGGUCGGAAGAAGAAAAAGGGCGAUGACUUCCGGCUGAUGCGCCCGCUCAUUCUUAUCUGUAACGACGUUUACCACCCCUCUCUCAGGCCCCUCCGGCAAUCCGGCAUGGCGGAGAUUAUUCACGUUGGCAAGCCAGGCAUCGAUGCUGUCGUCACGCGGCUGAAGACAGUGUUUGACAAGGAAGGCAUUCCCUGUGAAAAGGACGCGGCCCGCAAAAUCUGCGAGGCGGCCUGGGGCAUGACGAGCGGCAUCGACGCAAAGCGCGGCGCAGAAAGCGGGACGGAAGGUGAUCUCAGAGGAGUCAUGGUUGUUGGCGAAUGGGUUGCAGGCCGAUUUAAGGCCGCCGCCGGAUUUAACGAUCGACUGACAAGGCAGUGGCUUGACCAGAAUGUGCUCUACGAUCUCACCAACGGUGCUGGAGGAGCGAGGGGGCUCGGACGAGGAAGCACAAAAGACAUAGUAACGCGUGUUUUUCAGGAGGGCGGCGGUUUCCCGAAGCAAGCCUUGGACACUUCACAAAACUUCAAGCACAAGCACGAACAACCCAAAAGUCAGCUUGGCUUUGCAGAGUAUCACAAGAAAAACGCGAUGGAACGGCUGCGGCACAUGGUUGACACCAGUGGAGAGGUCGAGCGGAUCAUGACCGACAUCUUUCUGGAGUACCCCAACCGGGAGUUCAAUGACGACUCUUUCUUGUCGAAGCCAAACGCUGCGUACGACUGGAUGAACUUUUUGGAUACCUGUUCAUCACGCACAUUUGGAAGUCAGGAGUGGGAGCUGGCGCCGUACCUCAGCCAACCGAUUCUGGCCUGCCACAACUUAUUCGCCUCGUCUCGCCGACAUCAGGUCACCAUGGGUUACGACAAGAAAUGGGGCGGCGGCGAGGAGGACAAUGAGCCACCUGUACCAUUCUCUGGACCCCGAGCCGAUUUCGCCGCCCACGAAGCGCAGAAGCAAAACAAGGCCAUGCUUCAGGCUAUUCAGGCACAGCUUACUCCCACACUGGGACGGUCAUUCCGAAGCGUUGAGGAUAUAUCCACAGAGUUCAUGCCAUACCUAGUCCGCAUGGUGUCACCAGACGUAAAGCCGGUUGUUAUUGGCGGCAGCAACACAAGCACAGCUAGUGUGCGGAAAGAAACGGAGAAGGUCAUGGUGAGGCGGGCCGCCGAGGUUAUGGCCGAGGUCGGGAUUGUCCUUCAAAAGGGCAAGAUUGAAACCGAUUCGUUGGUAAACAGGGGGCCGCAGUGGGUGUACCGCAUGGAACCUGAUCUUGAUGCCCUCGCAGUGUAUGAGACGGCGGGCAACCUGGUACUCUCUAGUCAAGCCCCAACGCGCUACGCCGUGCGACAGGUGCUGGACCAAGAGCUGCAAAGGACCAUUGCCCUACGCGAAGCCGCGGCCCGCCAGGCGCGAUUCAAAGCAGGAGGCCCCGUGGAGUUCGAGGAGAUCCCCGUGCACAAUAAUAAUGAGGACAUUGUCAAGGAACAGGCGAGAGUACUCGAGGCGAGUGUAAAGAGGGACUUUUUCGGACGCAUCAUACCCGCGCGACCGCUGGGGGCGGUGAACGGGAACGCUAAAAGGAGAAAGGAACAGAGCCACGAGAAGAGCGACAACAAGGUUUGGGUCACGUACCAUGAAGGUAUGAAUAACGCCGUCAGGAAGCCGAUUACUCUGGAGGAGUUUUUGAAAGGCUUGUAG